UUUCGUGGAACGUAGGCGAAUGUUUAUUGACAAAAAAAUAAGAAUUUGUUUGACAUUUGGUAGUUUGACAAUUUUGAGGAAAAUUCACGAAAUCGUAGCAAAUUCUCAAUUUUCUUAAAAUUACACUAGAGAAUAAAGUUAUAAUUAUUUGUAUUCAUAACAAUUGGAUAUAAAAGCACGUGUGUUAAUUAUUGAAAUGGUUGUAUUCACGUGUGGACAUUGCGGGGAGUCUGUUCAGAAACCAAAGGUUGAGAAACAUUAUUUGACAAUAUGCAGAAAUAGGAAUCCUAAUUUGUCUUGCAUGGAUUGUUUUAAAGAUUUUCUUGGUCAAGAUUAUGAAUCGCAUAUAAAAUGUAUUACAGAAGAAGAACGCUACUCCGGAAAGGGAUUCGUUUCCAAAGAGAAAAAGGGUGAGAAGAAACAGAACGCGUGGGUGGAAAUGUUACAAUCUGUCUUAGAUGAACAGAAAAGUGCUCCAAGAAAUGUGCUCAGGAUCAUCGAGACUAUCAGCAAACACAACAACACACCUCGCAAGAAACCCAAGUUUGUCAACUUUGUGAAGAAUGUUUGCGGGCAAAAGACAAAUCCAAAGGACAUUGACCAAGCUUGGGACUUAAUAUCUGUAAAACUUGUAGCCUUAUCUAAUGCCAACAAUAGGAAUCAAAACCAAAAGAAAGAUGACUCAGUUGCUGAAGAUAAGAAACCACAGAAUGGUACUAUUGAGGAGACUGAUGAGAAAUCUGAGGAGAAUGGCAUUGAACACAAUGGAGACGUUAAAGAAAAUGGUGAGGAACAGCAGAAUGGUGAAGAAGAGGCAGUUGACAAAAAGAAACUAACUAAAAAACAAAAGAAAGAAGAGAAGAAACACAAAAAAUAUGAAGCUGAGCUACGAAGUGCUGUAGCACCACUACCUGAGGAGGAAGAAGAAGAAGUUGAAAGCAAGAAAGGCAAAAAGAAGAAGAAUAGAACUGAGUCUAUGAAUGGAGAUGAAAACAAUCAAACUGAGGGUAAGAAUGGCAAAAACAAGAAACGUAAGAGACAAGAUACUGUUAACAGUGUUAAUGGAAAUCAAGAACCAAUGGAAAAUGGUGCUGAGCCAGUUGAGGCAGCAGUAGCUGCUACGGGAAAGACACAAAAGAAGAAGAGUAAGACAGAGGAUGAAGAUGCAGAAGAAAGUAUUUGCCUUCAUGACCAAAAUGUCGCCAAAAUAGGAGAAUUAGCAGUCAGCAGUGACAAGUUCAACUGGCAUGCAGUUAUCAUAUCACUUUUGGAGAAGAAAGGCAAUGAGUUGCCAUUUAAACGCUUGCAGAAGAAGGUUCUAGGAGAAUACAGUGAGGCAACUGGUAGAGAAGUUGAUGAUCGCAUAGCUGAUAAGUUUAUCAAGAAAUUGAAGAGUGCACCGAAUGUGAGGGUCGACAAGAACAGGGUCCUUCUUAUUGAUUGAGGAGGUUUAUUGUAUAAUACUCUUAAGUACUGCCACACUUUGGGGAAAUGUAUGUUUUGGAUGAAUGAGUCUCUAAUUAGGACUUUUGAAGAUGAAGUAUAAUACUGUUAAUUCCUAGAUAUGAUUGUAUGCCAUAAUAGCAUCAUUGACAUAGACAAUGUUGCGUAAUGUUAAAAAAAAAUGGAUGUUGUCAAUAGAAUUUAUUUCUUGUUGAAGAUGCAUAUUUCUAAGUUUUUCACUGAGUAGUUACAGCUUCAUAAUAUUAUGUUUUUGAGCUUGACAGUGUGUGAGGCUAGUUUUUAAUAUUAGCCAAAGUGUGGAGCCAAAUUAAUAUGGAUUAAACAUUUCAAGGCGAAUUACAGCCUGAGAAAAACAACUGAUUUCCUAUACUAUUUAGUUUCCAUAUUCUUCUGUAUAAGGCAAUAAUAAUGUUCUUAUUAUCAAAA